CACCUAUCCCAGAUGAGUCAGGCUGGCCCGAGCCGGAGAUGGUCCGCAGGUGAGGACGCGAGCAGGCGGGAACCCGCUGCGAGCAGCUCUGCAGGACGCGCAGCCGCUCCCGAGCCGGGAAAUGGAAGGCAGAAUGAAGAGCUCCGAAACUCGUCCCUCUCUGGCCAUGUUGGAUUUGACAGUCUCCCUGACCAGCUGGUCAACAAGUCUACUUCCCAAGGAUUCUGUUUCAACAUCCUGUGUGUUGGUGAGACGGGCAUUGGCAAAUCCACAUUAAUGGACACUUUAUUCAACACCAAAUUUGAAAGUGACCCAGCUACUCACAAUGAACCAGGUGUUCGGUUAAAAGCCAGAAGUUAUGAGCUUCAAGAAAGCAAUGUACGCCUGAAGUUAACCAUUGUCGACACUGUGGGAUUUGGAGACCAAAUAAAUAAAGAUGACAGCUAUAAGCCGAUAGUGGAAUAUAUCGAUGCCCAAUUUGAGGCCUACUUGCAAGAGGAAUUAAAGAUCAAACGUUCUCUGUUCAACUACCACGACACCAGGAUCCACGCAUGCCUCUACUUCAUUGCCCCCACUGGACAUUCACUGAAGUCCCUGGACCUGGUCACCAUGAAAAAGCUGGACAGCAAGGUGAACAUCAUUCCAAUAAUUGCAAAAGCUGACACCAUUGCCAAGAAUGAAUUGCACAAAUUCAAGAGUAAGAUCAUGAGUGAACUAGUCAGCAAUGGAGUCCAGAUAUAUCAGUUCCCCACAGAUGAAGAAACGGUGGCAGAGAUUAAUGCAACAAUGAGUGUCCAUCUCCCCUUUGCAGUGGUCGGCAGCACUGAAGAGGUGAAGAUCGGCAACAAGAUGGCAAAGGCCCGGCAGUACCCCUGGGGCGUGGUGCAGGUUGAAAAUGAAAACCAUUGUGAUUUUGUGAAGCUUCGGGAGAUGCUGAUCCGUGUGAACAUGGAAGAUUUACGGGAACAGACUCACACCCGCCAUUAUGAGUUGUAUCGGCGCUGUAAGCUGGAAGAGAUGGGGUUCAAGGACACAGAUCCUGACAGCAAGCCCUUCAGUCUUCAGGAGACAUAUGAAGCAAAAAGGAAUGAAUUUCUGGGAGAACUUCAGAAGAAAGAAGAAGAAAUGAGGCAAAUGUUUGUUAUGAGAGUGAAGGAGAAAGAAGCUGAGCUUAAAGAGGCAGAGAAAGAGCUCCACGAGAAGUUUGACCUCCUCAAGCGGACACACCAGGAGGAGAAGAAGAAAGUGGAAGACAAGAAGAAGGAGCUGGAGGAGGAGGUCAACAGCUUCCAGAAGAAAAAAGCUGCGGCUCAGUUACUGCAGUCCCAGGCCCAGCAGUCUGGGGCCCAGCCAACCAAGAAAGACAAGGAUAAGAAAAAUGCAAGCUUCACAUAAAGCCUGGCAAGCCAAGGAUGGUCCCGCAUUCACCUGCUUUUGCAGUAAUAUUGUAUCUCUGCCAUUUGUGUCCUUUUGUUUUAUUUUUUUACGCUUCCCCAGACACCAAUAACUAUUAACUCAUUUUGCUAAAUGUUGUUGGGUGGUAGAACAUGAUAGAACAAGGAAGUAACAGCAGAAGCUAUGUGUAGCUGUGCUUUGCCUUUGCCAGGUCAGUGACUUGCCUUCUGUGCCUGUUCAGAGCGGCAGCAGGGAGCAGCCUGCUACUUGUGUGUUGCUUUUGACUGAGGGAAGGAGGGCUCAAGUGCUACAUGAAUGUCUGACAGGAAAACUCACCAGCUGAACUAUAAACCUGAACAGCCAUGACAACAACUAGCUUUUCUUGAUUUCUCAUCUCUGUGAUGGCAAAAGCUGAGCUCAGUCUGUCUCUUUUCCACACCUGCCCCAGACCAGGGUGGCUUUGUACAUAGGCAGAACAGUGGGUAAGCUUUAUGUGACUUUCACGCUCACAUGGAUUUUUCAUCAUUAUACCAUUAUUUGGCCUGGGUUGUUGGUCUGUUCAGACUGAUUGUCUCCUCUUAUGGCUUUAAAAAUGUAUCUGAACCCCUAUCUCUCAAAUCCUCACAAAAUUGGACCGUAAUAAGAAAACUAUGAUUAUGUUCAAUUCUAUCAGUGCAACCUUGAUCCUCUCACAGCACCUCAGAGACUGGAUCAUACAGCAUUGCUUUGUUAAAGACUCAUAUAUGGAUGUUGGCUUUCCACAACCUACUUAAUACUUAAAAUAAGAGAUCUUUUAUAAAAACACACCUAAAUUUGCUCUUAGGGGACCGAGGAGAGGGCCUAAUGACUGGCUCCAGGAUAUUGGUCCCUCUGAUAACAUUUUUCAGUAAUCAUGAGAAAAUUUUCAGAAACCUUUCAAAUGAAAAUGUGCUAAUCAUCUGAGGAAGCUAGCUGUGCUGAGGGACACAGUGAGCAAAUUCCUUCCAGACAACUAGUUUUGGAGACCAGCUGGGUGUCAUCAGCAGCCUGACUUGGAGGGGACCUUGUUACUUUAAGGUACAAAUGGGAGAAGGAACAGGACAAAACCUGGGUCAAGAAAGCAGAGAUUCAGCUUCACCUCGGGUUUCCUUGCUUAGUCUCCUCUCAAUAUUUGGCAAUAAACAAAUGAAGUAGAGCAGCCACAUUUGUAGGAGGGGGGCAUGCUUAAUCUCUGCUGUGCCUUUGUGGGGCUCAUCCUGUCAUCCUCUUGAUUUCUUCCCUUCCACCAAUACACACCUCCCUGCCUUCCCUCUGACUCUGUGGUCUUGUUUACUUGAAAGAAGAAUGUUUCUUAGGAACCCCAGAGAACUUGACCUCGGCACUGUCUUUCUGACCCCCACGAGUCACACACUGAGGAAAUGGGAUAGAAUACACUGCUCCUCCCCUGACACACCUCACCUUUUUUUUUUUCUUUUAAAUUAAGAAGUCUCUAGUGGAUUGCAGUAAAUAUUUUUUAUCCCCUUCUUAUCAUUCUCAACUAUUCCCUUAGGGAAAGAAGAAAUGGUCUUCCAGAAACAGAUUGAGGCUUAAUUAGGCAAAGCGAAAAAUCAGUUUCAUUGAAGCCCAAACUAAGUUGGGAUAGAAACUUCAAACUAGAAGCAGUUCAUAGUGGUAUAAAGACAGGCCAAAGAGCUACUGGACCAUUGUUUUUGUUUUUGCCUUUGUUUUUUUAAUUAUUCCAGUCUGAAACUAGCUAUGGAGCAGCCAAAUUGUAGCUGGCAUGCCAAUUCUAACCGUGGGCCGCAUUUGCUCAUAUGCUGUGCACCAGCCAAAAGCUUGAAUACUUGUGUUGUAUGCUUGCUCCAACCGCUGCUUGUUUGAGCAUUUUUGUGCUUUGUAAUAGAAAAUACAUUUGUAACAUCUAAAAAUGCAUCACUUUAAAAUUACCAUUCUUAAUACAUCACUAAAGCCUUUUUAAAGUGAGCCUAGCCAUGAAAGGCAUCCAGCUGACUCUUUAAUUCCAAGAUGAUUAACUUUUUUCCAUUAACGUUCUCACAGCAAAAUAAAUCAUAUGGAGAGUCAGGGAAUAAAAAGUCAAAGGAAACAUACAAAAGCUCUUUUUUUCAAAUGCCUUGCUUCUGCCCUUUUUUCUGUCCCUGGUCCCCAGCCCCGGCGGUUUGUUAUUGCUGCCCUUCUCUUCUUUCUGUAUCUGCCUUUCUUCACAGUAGCCCUUGGCUCUGCACGGAAUAAAUGAUACCCUCAAAUCUAAUUGGAUGUGCUUUCGCCUUUGCAUGUAAGUACAGUAGUAAAAACCUUUGAGAUCUUUGACUUCUUAAAAUUAGAGAAACAAAUGGGAUAGAUGGAUUUUUUUUUUCUUUUCAGUGGGAGGCAGAGGUAAUGGUUUGAGUAGCCUUUGUUAAAAAAAAAAAAACUAUUUUAAAUGGCCCUGUUUCUAUCUUUUUCACAAGAAACAUACAAAUUCAACUCUCCCUUGAUAUUAAUGUGGAAGUCAGAGAUUACUGUUCGCAGCCUGUGUUCUACCCAGCAUCAUGGGCAUCACUGGGGAGAACGGGGGGCUCUGGUUCUGACAGUGUCAGUAAAGGUAGAAUGAGAAACUGCCUUCCACUGGGGAAAACCAAGUGGAAACAUUUUUUUGUUAGCUCCCUUUAUGACUGCCUUAUUUUUUGGUGAUCUUGGGUUUAGUGGUCUCUCCCUCAUGCUACCACCCGGCAUUUACUGAUGACCUUUCUUAUUUUUUUGGCCAGACCCCUUUAGCUGGCCUCUCCCCACUGCAUCUUUUGUUUAACCAUAAGGACCAUUGUUACUUCUGAACAUUACAUACCAGUAACAGUUGUGUGUGCUGUUACUGCGCAAUAGGAUGUGAUGGAAAAGCAUUUGAGAAUUUAUUGGUAGUUCAGAGAUGAUGUUUUCCAGUUUAGGCUCUUUAUUAAUUGGUUAAAGUUUUUGUCCAGAAAAGGCAUCUCAACCAGGGGAACAUUUAACAUAUUGCUGGGAACAGGUUACUGACUAUAUUCCUUCUCUGCUUUGUAAUCUCACCAGCAAUAGCACUCAUUCUUCCUAUCUUGAGCACCUCAAACAUGUAGACGUGGUUUCCUCACUUCCUUGACAUAGCCGUAAGGGUUUCACAUGCAAACUGCUGAAUCAGGUUGUUCAGCUGUUACCACCCAUGUCAUGCUGUCUGUGUGUCCUACCACAACUGUCCAUUCAGAUCCCUUUGCUUUGCCAUUUGCAAGUGUCUGAAAUUGUCAAGUCUCAGCUUCCAGAAGUCUUGGUUUCAUUGACAGGGUACAUACAUGAUGACUCUUGAGUGGAAAUUAAAAUUUAGCGGACCUACAAAGUAUAGGUUGUUUGUAGGUAUGAAGGGAAUUUUUAAAAUAAAUUUAAAGUUAAGCUGUGAACAGCAUUAGAACUUUGUCUAUUUCUUAAUUUUAAAAUAUGCUGAUAUGCCUUAAACUGUAGUUGUAGAUUAUUGUCAUUUUGCUGUUUGAAAAUAACCAAUAUGUUUCUAAAACUGUUGUGUAACUGACUUUCAGUGUUAAUGCAGAACUGUCAUAUAUGUAAGCUGCAUGUUAGACACUUGUCUUUUUUAAAACUAAAAUAAUUGUAAUCGAUGUGAAGCAUAUCAUUUUUUUCAAGUAUGAAAGUAAUUACUUAGCAAAUAUGCUUGGUAAUUUGGUGUCUGUUAAGGUAGGAAAGGGUGGACAGGUAACCUAUGCAUUUAUCACUAGUGCCAAGAUAUAAAGUGGGGGAAAAUAUAUUUUUACCCAAA